AUGCUUUCCAGAAUUGUUUAUAAACUGGCGAAUAGAGAGACGGAGCUCCGCGCCGAUCGCGUGAAACGGGCCACAUGUCUGCAAUGGAAUGGCGGUGACGCGUGCCGCAAGAAGUGCCAGGGAAUGGUCAGCUCGUGCACGGGAAAGCGCUACACCACUGGGCAUUGUGAAAUGUCGUGGACGGUUGCCACUUGCAUUUGCAAGCCGUACUGUGCCGUG